GGAACUCAACUGCCAUCCAAUUCUAUUUCUACUCCAUUUAAUGCCUUUUUCCUCUCUCUAUACUUAAAUAAAUAUAUCUUCCACCAUUUCUAAAUCUUCCCCCAAAUCAUCACACCAUGAAAUCAGCUGCUCUUAUUAUUCUCCUCUUUUCUCUAUGCCUCAUCGCAGCCACAGCCACCCGACCCAGCCCCUCCACCUCCAACCAGGCCGGCGGCUACUUCGGCGGCCCGGGUAACGGCUUCGGCAUACCCGGCUACGGCAACUUCGGCGGCGGCUAUGGCGGCGGCUACGGCGGCCCCAGCGGAGGCGGUUCCUCGCAUGGCGUCGUGCGCCCCACCGUGGUCUGCUCUGAAAAGGGGCCCUGCUACAAGAAGAAGCUCACCUGCCCGGCCAAGUGCUUCAGCUCCUACGGCGGCUCCGGGAAGGGCUACGGCUACGGCGGCGGCGGCGGCGGCUGCACCGUCGACUGCAAGAAGAAAUGCACUGCCUACUGCUGAUCAGGAUACACGUACACGUGUCCUCUAAAUAUAUACUAGUAGACUGGCUAUGUAUUUAUAAAUAGUUGGCUACAAGAUUUACUUGCUGCCACCUACUCAUCAUCUAUGUACUAUACAUGAGUUAGAUUGGAUUGUGAUUCCACUCAAUAUUUGCUGCUUUGUUUUUGUUGCAUGUAACAAACUUUUGCAGUGAAUUUGGGGCUUCUUCUUAGCCUCUAUAAUAUCGGUAUCUCAUUCUGAUC